AUGAUAUGGAAAUAGGAUUAGAAAUUUAUUGAUAUAUGUUAAUACUUGCCAUCCAACUUGUUUAACUUGUAAUGGGUUCUUCAGAGACUUAAUGUUUAUCAUAUUUCAACAAUUUAAGCUCAGAAGGAGGAAAAUGUAUUUCUGAUUAAUAUUUUCUGAAGCAUAUAUAGGUUGUCGGCAAGAAUUAUUGAAUUGCUCGUUAUGAUAAAAUAUGUGUCAAUGAUAAUAGAAUAAAAUAAAAGGUACUUUACUCGAAGAUCACAGAAUCUCUUAAUCAGAUCAAAGAUAUUUUCCUUUGAUAUUUUAAUUAGAUGAAUUUUAUCCAAAAAAUAUGGAUUUAAUUAAUGAAAAUUUCAAUGGAAUUAGUUUUAUUGGAAGGUUGUAAUUUAAUGAAGGGAUGCUCUAUUUGUAAGAAUUAGAAUAACAUUUAUUUAUUCAAUUUCUAAUAUACAAGCAAUAUUGAAAUCUUAUAAAAUAAUCAAAUAUAAUCUAGAAUAAUAAAAUAAUCAUCUUCAUUCUAGGUUGAAAAUUUUUGAGAAGAAUUAAACUUGUUAUGGUAAUGCUUAUACUUUGUUAAGAAUAGAGAGACUUUUUAACUUUUUAAUUCCAAUUCAAAUCUUUCAAUUAAAGGAUAAAUUUAAUAUCAAAAUGAAUCUUGGGAUUUAGAAAUUUCACUUUAGACGCAGGAUUUUAUUAAGAAAAUUGUUUAAUCUGUUCAUAUUUCUCAAAUUACUCAUAUUGUGAUUCAGGAUAUCAAUUAUAUAAAAAUAAAAAGUUUAAUCUUGUCGUAUUUAUUCAACAAAUUGUAUUGACUACGAAGAUAUGAUUCCAUGUAAAUUAUAAUUAGUUUAUUUUUAGAUUUAAGGUAUUUAGCAUAAGGAUUUUAUGAUUUAAUAUAACUCUUGAUCAGAUUAAAUGAUUUUAUGAUAAUACAACAGAUCCAUCAUUUAUCAGCAAGAUAGCAAUUUUAUUUUUUUAAUAAUAAAAUAGUUUUGGGUGGCUUAUUGGUAUGGAAUGAUGGAUCAUAUAUCAAAACAUGGAUUAUUUAGCAUCCUCAUUAUACAGCAUUGAUAUUUUUUAAUUUAACUUAUGGAGAUGGUUAUACUGGAACAUUUUCCUAUAAGAUAGGAAUUUUUUCAAGCAGUGAAUGGCAAGGACCAUUUAAUAAUAUUGGGGAAGUAUAAAAAUUUGAUUGGUCGUACUGA